GCCUAUUCAUGCGGGGCAGACUAAACAUCGGAGAUAGUCUUUAACCAUCGAUACUCGAUUGAUUUGAGAAUACUUUGGUUUUUCUCCUCUUCAAUUGUUUUGUGGACUAGCAUUGGGAUAGCUCGAUUACGGAAGCCUGCAGCAUCCGUCAACGUCAACGUUAAGGGAUCUUCCUCGAUAACUACCAACAGCACCACCAACGACUCGGGAUUCUUUACUCUUUCGUUUCACACGUAUACGAUUAUUCCAUUCCCGACAACUCUUUGAGUACUCCCGCGGUACCAAAAAAAAAACGAGAAAUAACCCCCAUCCAACAUUCUCCGCCGAAGUCGCAUCAACUCUAACUCGAACUCCAAAAACCUCAUAUCGCAUACAAAACACAUCCGCCCACCCUCCAUCUUCCCAUCCCCAUUACAAACCCCAUCCCAAUACCGCCCAAAAUGGCCUCCUCCAAACCCCUUCCCAACCUCAAGGACCUCACCAUCGAGAACAUCACCACCAACGUACACGCCAUCAACGCGCAGACGUCGAACCCGCGCCUGCGCUACAUCAUGGAGCGGCUGGUGACGCACCUGCACGAUUUCGCACGCGAGACGCGGCUGAGUACGGACGAGUGGAUGGAAGGGGUCAAGUUUUUGACCGAGGUGGGCAAGAUGAGUAGUGAUGUCCGACAGGAAUUCAUCCUCCUCUCCGACACCCUCGGCCUCUCCCUCCUCAUCGACUCCCUCUCCCACCCCAAACCCUCAACCGCAACCCAAGGCACCGUCCUAGGCCCCUUCCACACGCACACAUCCCCAUCCUCCACCCAGGGAGCAACCAUAACCCACGACCCCUCCGGCACCCCCUUACUCUGCCUCUGCACCGUCUCCUCCACCUCGGGCCAACCCCUCAAGGACAUCUCCAUCGACGUCUGGGAGACGGAUUCCAAGGGCGUCUACGACGUGCAGUACGCGAGCUACGCUGGGCAGCCGAACGGGCGCGGUUUGCUGCGCAGCGACGACGAGGGCAGGUUCUGGUUCAAGGCCAUUGUGCCCGUGCCGUAUCGGAUUCCCGACGACGGGCCCGUGGGCAAGAUGUUGCACGCGCUGGGGAGGCAUCCGUGGAGGCCGAGCCAUGUGCAUUUCUUGUUGGAGGGGGAAGGGUUCGAGACGUUGAUUACCGCCCUCUACCUCCGCCACGACCCCUACGAAACCAGCGACGCCGUCUUCGGCGUCAAGGACUCGCUCAUCGUCGACCUCCAGGACAUCACGCCCGAGCAGCGCGAGAUGUACGGCGUCGAGGGUGACGGGCCCUGCAAGGUGCUGACGUACGACUUUGUGCUCGUGACCGAGGAGGAGACGCAGAAGCUGAGGGACGACGAGGCCAGGAAGGCCAUGGAGAAGUUGGGGCUCUGGGGUGAAGGGUGGCGGAUUGUGGAUGGGUUGCCGGUGCCGGAUGUGGAUUAGGAGGUGCCCGAGGGAAGUGUGUUGAAUUGUAGCAACAGAGUCUAGAGGAUGAUUGGGGGAAACGCGAUCCGAAGGGAGUUCAAAUGUGCUUAGAUUUCCUGCUGAUUGAGCAGGCAACCCAUAAAACCAGCAGGUUUAGGAACUGA